GUUGAGAUUCAGCCAUGCUUCAAGAUGAAGAGCGUCAUUAACGAUAGGAAGUUGUUCAGCUUGUGACGAUUGCCCACCAUGCUACACUCGCUGUGCUGCGGCCCCCAAGUGCCUCCUUCAGAGGACAUCUGAGAGCUGUCGCCCUGUUCCCUACAUGACCCCGACCCUUCACGCCAUGCCCACAAGUAGGUAUAUCACCCGCCUCUCGCCACAAUCCUCCUCACUUCUUGGACAAACCAACAGCCGCAAGGUGCAGUGCCGGUGGUGCUGCCUCUCACUGGCUUUUGUCUCCAUCCGUCAACUUCCACAAUUCUUGUUUUUAUAAACAUUCUAAACUUCUGUCCGGACUGUCAUUACUUCGUCGCAAGACAUUCAGUGACUUUUCUUCUACGCUGCUUCGGACAUCGAGGAAUAUUGUUUCUGGCUGUCAACAGUAACUGAUUUCUUUGGAGUUCUGAAAAACUGAGACAAAACAUUUCUUCUUCGUGUCUGUGACUUUCACGAGACUUUCUAAAGGUCGAUCUGAAGUGCUUGAGCCGAAAAGGAAUAAUUAAUGCUUGUUUACCCCACCGAUUUGUGCCAAAUUAACAAACUGAAAACAUUGUCAGUUGGAGAUAGAACUAUUUUCUGUGAUUUCCUUGACUACCACAGAGACAGCAAUGCUCAUUUUUCUUGGGAAACAAAUAUUUUCAUUGAUGGACACUCAUUAACUAAAGCAUUAACGCGCCACAACUGCUAGGGUCACAAGUGUCGUUGUUGCGCCAGGUGACCUCCCCACUACCAGCUCUCAUUCAAGAUGGACGUGCAAGUCGCCUUCACAUCCUGCACCGACCCGGCCACCCUCAACCUCACCGUGACGGAGAACGGGGUGAGCGAGCACGACCGUCUGCUGCAGUGCCUGAACGACGAGAAGGCAGGCCUAUACAUACCCGUCAUCGUAUUUCUCGUCGUCCUGAUCAUCACAGGAACGUUCGGCAACGUCCUCGUCUGCUGUGUCUACCUGCGCAAGUCCUAUAAGGCGUUCCACUAUUUCAUCCUGUCCCUGGCCAUACUGGACCUCUUCAGCUGCGUUAUAGGGCUGCCCACUGAGAUUGCGGACCUGAGGUACCCGUACAUGUUCGACAUGCCCAUCGCCUGUAAGAUACUCCGGUUCUCACACUCAAGUACCAUCAUUGCCUCCAGCACCAUACUUAUCCAGGUGGCCUUCGAUCGGUACUUCCGCAUCUGCAAGCUGGGUCAGCAGUUCAGCGUGCAGAAGGCCAAGUGUCUGUGCACCAUGGCCAUCUUGCUGGGUGUGCUGACAUCCUGGCCCAGCUGCCUGCUGUUCGGGCGCAAGACAGUCAACCUGCACGUGCAGUACCACGAGGACGAGCACGCAGGCCACAGCGCGCGCUACCACCCGGCUCAGCUACGCCACGGACCGCGCUACAACUUCCAGCGGUCCCCACUCCGCCACGAGACGCUGGUGGCGUCCGACUGCUCUACAGACGACUCCAUGCGGGGUACCAUCUACCCGACCAUCUACUACCUCUUCCUCUUCUCCUUGUUCUUCCUCACCAUCGCCUUUUUCGCCGUCCUGUACACGCGCAUCGGCGUGGCCAUCUGGCGGCGCAAGCGCAAGACAAUUGGUUCCAAGAUCUUGACCAAGGCAAACAGUCAGCAGUCCGAUCAAACCAGUACUGAGCUGUCGUCGGAAGCCGAGGCAACUGGCAGUAGCCAUAAGAAUAGCCACCACCCUCCCAUUCUGACCACCGGAACUCUUCCCCGAGGAACUGGCGGCAAAGGAAGCCCCAAGACAAAGGAACCGGAGCCAGAAGUGGUGCAGCCGAACAAAAAGACGCAGAUCCGAGUCGGGAAAACCACCACCGUGCUGUUUGCUGUGACCCUGGCCUACAUCCUGAGUUUUCUUCCUUACCUCGUGGUGAUGAUUCUGCGCAGCACCAUUAAGGACUUUGAAGGACGGCUCAGCCCAGUCGGCGAGGUCGCCUACAAGUUCUGCGUGAAGUCGUUUUUCAUCAACAACGCCAUCAACCCGCUCAUAUACAGCUUCCUCAACGCGGGCUUCCGCAAAGAUGCCCGCCAGACGCUGAAGAAGAUGUUUCACAACUGCUUCUGCCGCUGUGUCUGCUGCGGCGCGUGCUGCUGCGGUGACCCCGGCGAUGACCUGGACGUGCCCCACUCACCUGUGGCCGUGUAACACUGUCUAACAUGCCUGUGAUAAGACAUUGUGACGUACCGCACACACCCGUGUAAGACACUGCGAUGUCGUGUACGACCCAGUCAUGUGACCCACACGCCCGUGCUCUUGUAUGAGGCUGUGACGUUCAUCACACGACCGUUUAUGAUGCUGUGACGCAGCCAAGUGUGUUACGUGGGCAUUAGUAAGCAAAUGUCUCAUGCACGUCAGUCGUUCAAUCUCGGUGCAGCCCUCGCGAGCAUCGCUCAACACAGUGAGGUGUCUGCAAGCCCAGAGGCGUGGCCAUGCUCUUCACGAACAGCCAAUGCUUCCAGACUUUUCUCAAAAUCUGCAACAGCAACUCAGAUGUGCACGAUGAGAAACUGCCACAAAAUGCGCUGCUGUUUCGGGAAGCCAGGGUUUUCAAAUUUAAACUUCAAAUCUCUUUGAAUACCCGUUAAGUAAGCUGGCUGUGACUAGAAAUGACCUGUCUGUAGCUAUUUUGCAGUUUGACACCUCUUGCACAACAGAUAACGGUGAUGUUUUUGCUGCUAAGUGCUUCAUGAGUGUGUUGUAACAGUUUUCCAAGGCAGCACAACAAACUGUUGAACUGUUUGACUUGCAGACUCUGGUCACUGGACCUGCUGGACGUUUGGUACCUGCUAUAAAGUUUAUACCUGCAUUGAAACUGAUGCUCUUUUAUCGGCAGUAGCAUUACAUGAUAAAUGAUUUCAUUAAUUAUCGAUGCUCUGCUGAUGUAGCAGCAACAUAUGUGUAGAUCAUGGUUCACAUGCACAACCUGUGUCACACCGUAUGCACACAGUGCUAAACAGUCUACCUCAUAACAGGUUAGCAUUUCUCUUGUCUUCAGUUUCUGAAUAAUUUUUUAAAAAAAAACUUUGUUUUGGGACUGAUCAGAUUAAGAGAUGUGCAGAAAGUGUUUAUAAAACAUAAAUCAGGAGAUCAAAAAGAAUCAUUGGAGACCUCUUAUAGAGAGCACAUGAUACAGCUUGCCUUUUGUAACUUCAAAAGCGUUUGACUAGUUUUGAACAAUCUGGUGUCCUGAAGAAGGAACAGGACAUCUUAUGGAUUUGAAGGACAUUUGAAACUACAGUACGCAACAAUCUCCAUCCUCCAUCAUGUGGUCUGAGAACUUUGAGAUACUUUUUACUAAUCUGUACUUCCAGUUUGUAAGUAGAUUUAGUGGAAUGCAUAUUUGGUGUACAUAUUGAGUUUGAUACUUAAGAAAAAUGGCUGUCAAAAUAUGUAUUUUAAUAGACAUCAAAGAAUGCUUUACCCAGCAUUCUGAAAUGCCUGUAACUGAAAUUAUUACUCACAUGAUGAAUAAAAGAAUUUUUAUAAAUUCUUUCUUCAGCACAAAAGAGUUUACAAUCUUAUUGGCAAUUGUUCUCAGCUAAUUUUAUUUACAGUUUCUGUAAAACAUUAAAAAGUUUCAUCUAAAAUUUUAUUUUAACAUAAUUGCACCACUGAAUGAUGGUAUAUACAUAUCCUGUACACAAAAUAGUUAUUUUUGUUAUCAAACAAUGUUUAUCACUUUAAAGUUAUGAUAAUAUAACAAACAUGCAAAACCUAUUUUAAAAACUGCAUAUUAUUAAAUUUUAUAGCAAAGGAUAUCCACAAAUUUCUAAACAUAAGCAGUUAACUAUCAAUUAAUAAUAUAUACAAAUUAAAAAGUGCUGCAAAUAUGUUACUGCAUUGUGCACCACAUCUCUUCAUACACCUUUUUAAAUAAACGGAAAU